AUGCCAAUGUAGGAAAGCUGUACCCCUUGUGUUUGUGAACGCCCAAAUUUUAUUGGUCUGGUUUCAAUGCCAUGUAGCAUUGUGCAUAUAGUAUUGUUUGGCCAUCCUGGUUUAAUUAUUGAAAAUUUGAGCAUAAAACGUUUAAAACACUACAUCUCAGUCUUUUUAGACUGUAGUAUUUGUAAAUAAGUUUAAAGUGUUAAACUAUAAGGCGUUUAACACUACAUUUUUUGCAUACAUAAAAAAGUCAAACCAGUUCCAAGCUCACUUACUGGUCGAGUCUUACCUCUUUAACCACAGUCACUGAAUGAAGCUGUUCAUGUCAAAGGACCGAUUUCCACUUGGUCAAAGAAUGAGAUGAUCAACCACCAUUUUAGAACGAGUUGCAUAUACCUCAUCUGCCUAGGAAAGAUGAAUUGCGAGGGAUGGCAGGAGUGAGGGAUAGAACCGAGGAUUUGAAGGACACUGUUCGCUCUGUAGCUCUUUCCCUAGAAUAUGAUGAGUCAAAAAUAGCUUCAAUACUAGCUUCUUUUAUUAUACGCAAGCCAAGACAGAAGUCUCCCUUUACUAAAGCCGCGUUGAAAACGCUUGAAAGUAUUGAAGCCUUGGAUAAGUUCAUUGUGAAGCACCGGAAGGAUUAUGUGGAGCGGCACCGGACAACUGAACAGGAAAGGGACAGCAUCGAACAUGAAGUUGGGGUCUUCAUAAAAGUGUGCAAGGAGCAGAUAGAUAUUCUGCAAAGAAGGAUAAAAGAUGAACAUAAAAACGGGACUUCAAGGCCAUGGCUUGGUAUUAUCGUUGACAAUUCCCAACCUGACAUUGUGGCUCACAGACACGGUGUGGUUUUGAUUCUCAGUGAGAGGCUGCAUGUGGUAACUGCUCAGUUUGACCAGUUAAGAGCCAUACGAUUUCAAGAAGCUGUUAAUAGAGUCACGCCGAGAAGAAACCCACAAAAGGUGUCCAUUUCACACUCAACGGAUGCAUCUAGAUCUGUACGUGCAGAGGUCAGGGAGCCAGACGAGUUUCCACCGGAACCUCUUAGGGUUCAGCAACAGCUCUUGGAUGAUGAAACACAGGCUCUCCAGGUAGAGUUGUCUAAUCUUCUGGAUGCUGUGCAAGAAACUGAAACGAAGAUGGUCGAAAUGUCUGCCCUAAAUCACCUCAUGUCCACACAUGUUCUCCAACAGGCUCAGCAGAUUGAGUAUUUGUAUGAACAGGCAGUUGAAGCUACAAACAAUGUAGAAAUGGGUAACAAGGAGCUCACACAAGCCAUUGAUCGCAACAGCAGCAGCAGAACCUUUAUUGUGCUUUUUAUCGUUGUUCUAACAUUCUCUGUACUUUUUCUUGAUUGGUACGACGGCAGGCGAGAGAAAUAGAUCUCUUCAGUUUGUAAUCUGCCUUGUAGUUUCUUCACAAUUCUUUUUUUGUUCUUCUUCUUUUCUCUAUUUACUUGAUUUCACUUAUAGAGGGCAAUGCCAAAAAUGAAACCAGAAAUGAAAAAGAAUAGAUUCAAUGAAAUUAACUUUUCACAGU